AUGGGUUGCGGGCAGCUCCCGGGGGAGUUCCGCCUGCAGACGGGGGACGGGAGCAGGGACUGCCGAGGGCUGCGGGGUGCGACGCGGGGGUGGCUUCUUCCCCGAACACUGUGUGUGAAGCCAGGUGAAUAUUUUGAUCAGUCGCAUGUGGCCCUACCAAACGUUUCAAAGUUUUUCUUGCAUCAAGCUCUGGAAGAGAGAAAAGCCGCAGAAGCUUUGAUGAAGUAUCAGCAAGAAAGAGGAGGCCAUUACUGUUCUAAAACCAUCCAGAAACCAAACUGUGAGUAUGCAGUUGGUCUGAUGAAAGCCCUGGAAGUAGCGAUGGUACAGUGGAAAACUAUGAUACGGUAUUUUGAAGAGCUUUAUGCCCUGAGCAUUGAAAAUGCAGACCCUCAUAGUGCAAGCACUAUCAAGAAACAAUUUAUUGGGCCCAAAAUCCAGAAGAUCAAGCUGAUGGGAGAUCUACUGACCAAUGCUCGCAGGCUUGACUGUUCCCAAGAUGGCAGAAAUAGUCUUGGGGAUUACUUUAUGGACCGGUUGCAGAAAGAGUUCAGAACAGGCACAGAGCCAGAGUCUAGUCAGCACUGCAGCCCCUGCCCACCUCUCCAGCAGUGCACAGGAACUGCAGAGGGUCUGAAGCGACACCAGAGAGAAUCUUCCCAGCACAGAAACAGCAUAGGGCCAAUAUAUGCAACCAUACACUGCACUGCCACGCUACCACAGUGUAAUGAUGGGGCAGGAGCUAAAGCGAAGCAGGGCAGGGAGAGCCUUUAAUGCUGCGGCUGUUGCAGCUACAGGGCAGCUCCUAAGGCAGACCUGUAUGGAGGGUGGGCUUUAGACCAGGACUUGAGAGAUGUGAUGCUGUAUCGCUCCUCCUGCUUUACACCCUGUCCCCUCAGCCUCUGUUGAGUCACAGCUCAAAAUCUAUCCCAUAGGGUUAUUUUGUUUAAAUGAUAGCAAGGUUGCUAACUACCUAAAUUGUUGGCAUUAGUCACACUUUCAUCUAUGCAAUUCUUCCUAGAAGCCAAAAGCUUUUAAGCCUCUUUUCUGUCUUAAAUGAUCAACAGGAUUAGUGUUAAUUAUGUUUAAUAGUAUAUAUAACUUCUAUU